AUGUUGGACGCCAAAAUACCAUCCUUGAGCGUCGAGCUUGAUGCUGCUGAAACCGGAAGGGGAGAAGCAAGCAAUCCUCAAGCCUCUGACGAGCACAAUGGUGUUCGAAGAGAUUUACAGCGACGGCACAUCAACAUGAUAGCGAUUGCUGGCAUGAUUGGAACAGGCCUCUUCCUCGCCUCAGGACAAGCAAUCGCCACUGGUGGACCUGUUGGUGCACUAUUCGGAUACAUCGUCAUGGGCCUCAUCACAUGGGCAGUGGCGCUCAUGACGGGAGAGAUUUCAUCUUUCGUGCCAGUCACCGGCGGCUUCGUCAGACAUGCCACCAAAUUUGUCCAGCCAGCGCUUGGAACCGCGACAGGAUGGAACUUCUGGUAUACAAUGGCCAUCACAGCGCCUGCUGAGAUCUCUGCAGCUGCAACGGUCAUCAAUUUCUGGAACACGUCAAUCAAUCCCGCAGUCUGGUUUACAGUCUCCAUUGUUGUUACUAUGGCACUCAACUUCAGUCCUGUGAAAGUCUAUGGCGAGAGCGAAGUCUUCUUCGCCGUCCUUAAAAUCUCCCUCAUCAUCAGUCUCAUCAUCGCCGGCAUGGUCGUCGAUCUUGGAGGUGGACCAAAUCACGAUCGCAUAGGCUUCAGAUAUUGGAAGUCUCCUGGCCCGUUCAACGAACAUCUUGUCUCUGGCAAUACAGGCAAGUUUCUCGGAUUCUGGUCGACGCUCAUCAGCGCUGCGUACAGCUACGCCAACGUACAAGUCAUUGCUCUCGCAGGUGCCGAGACUAGGAAUCCGAGAGAGGUCAUUCCGAAUGCUGUCCGCAUGACUUUCUGGCGAGUGAUGAUAUUCUACGUCUUGUCGAUUUUUGUCGUGGGGCUUUUGGUGCCGUCCAGUGAUCCGAAUCUGGGGAUGUCGACGGGGACUGCAGAGCAGAGCCCUUUUGUUAUUGCCUUCCAGCGUGCUGGGAUCGAGGUACUACCAAGCAUCAUCAACGCUGUUGUUUGCACCAGUGCGUUCAGCUGUGGAAGUGCUUGUGUGUUCCUUGCGUCUAGGACACUUUAUGGGCUUGCCGAGGAGGGACAGGCUCCAAAAUGGUUUUUGAGGACGAACCGAUAUGGAACACCAUACUUGUCUGUUGCCGCGAGUUUGGUCUUUACACCACUAGUCUACUUGGCGCUCGGAAGCAGUAGCAGUGUUGUCUUCGGAUGGUUCGUCAACAUUACAACGAUUGCUGGCCUUGUGGGAUGGUUGGUGAUUUGUGUUACGUAUUUGCAAUUCUUUCACGGUAUGCGACUUCAAGGCAUCAGUCGUGAUCGCUUGCCUUACAAGAGUCCGCUCCAGCCAUAUGUGGCGUGGACGACACUUUUCGCACUGAUCGUCGUCAUUCUCACUUCGGGUUAUAGCGUCUUCUUUCCUGGGAAGUGGAGCGUCUCCAGCUUUUUGACAUACUACAUCGACAUUGCGAUAUUCAUUGGACUGUGGCUGCUCGCCCUGUUCGUAUUCCGAGAUCGGCCAAUAUCGUUGUCUGCUAUGGACCUUUCGGAGAUACAUCUCAUUGAGCGAGAAAAGCUGAUGCAGCAGUCAAGCGUUGAGGAAGGGGUGACUUCAGCGUCAUGGUGGAGAAGAUGGGUAAUAUAG